AUGGAGGACAUAGUACAUGCACCACAAGAGGGCGACCUGGUCAUUCCCGACAGCGACAAUACCCUCUCAAUCACCAUCCACCACCAUGGCAAGCCUUACGAGUUCGCAUUACAGGCGUUAUCGACUGUAGAAGACCUCUCAUCCCAUAUCUCGACCACUCUCAACAUCCCAACCUCCAACCAAAAGCUGUUCAUCUCCCCAAAGCCUGGCAUCCUCAAGCCACCCUUUCCAUCCACCUCUAUCUCUGCCCUCCUUUCCUCCUCCAAGCCCCCAAAGAUCACCCUUCUAGCUUCUACCGCAUCGGAAAUCGCCGCCGCUGAAACAGCUCUUAAACCGCGCGAGCGAUCUACGGCAUCGAAAUCCUUCCGUCCUACUAAGACCCAGGCCUCCUCACAAUCGAGGGGCAUCACCGCCACCGACUCCGCAACUUACACCUUCGCCACCAUCCGACCCCUUCCAUAUCUUCCAGAACCGCAGCAUGCCGAGAAGUAUCUCCGCCGUCUCGCCGACGACCCAGGCAUACGGCGCGUCAUGGCCAAACAUAAGUUCCGCGUAGGGCUGUUGACCGAAAUGGACCCGGCCGCGCAUACGGAUGCAUCACACGAAGGGGUCAGCCGGACGUUGGGACUAAAUCGGAAUGGCGGCGAGGUUAUUGAGCUUCGGUUACGGACAGAUGCUGGAGAUGGGUGGCGGCAGUACGAUGCAGUCCGGAAGACGUUGUGCCAUGAACUCACGCACAACGUGUGGGGACCUCAUGAUUCGAAUUUCUGGAAAUUGUGUCGAGAGCUGGAGAAGGAGGUUGCGGGUGGAGAUUGGUGGAAGGGGAGGGGACAGACGGCGGGUGACGGACCUGGGUGGGUUGGGACAGAUGAGGAGGAAGAACAUGUGGAUGGCGGCGGGUGGACGGGUGGGAGUUAUGUGCUUGGUAGAAAGGGGAUGGGCGAGCAAGGGAGUGGGCUAUCUAGAAGGGAAAUCUUAGCGAAGGCGGCGGAGGAGAGGGCGAGGAAGGUUAGGGAGGCAGAAGGACAAGGGAAGCGAGACGGGCAGGGGAGCUCGAGUCCAUCAUAG